AUAAAGCAAGUUUUAUGGUUGAAGAGUUUAUAUCGUAGGUCCAGCCAUUUAUCAUUAGCUGCACAAUGGGAAUGCGUGUAAUGUUUGCUGUGAUUUUCUUAUCAGUUAUACCAUUGGCUGUGUCGCUUAGUCCGGAGUUCAUACGACUUUUAGAGAAGAAUUUAAAACGACAAUACAGUUGUAGUUACGAUCAGUACCUUUGUUCUGACGAUAAUAUUACAUGUGCAUCGCAUUGUAAUGGCAUAAAUGAUUGUCACAAUGGUGAAGAUGAAAUGUUUUGUGGUUGUUCUGAUCCUAGCCAAUGGCACUGUGAUGACGGUAUAGAAUGUGCAACUUCUUGUGACGGUUCAGCAACUUGUCCUAAUGGAGAAGAUGAGAAGUGGUGCGGUUGUUCCGAUCCUAGCCAAUGGCACUGUGAUGACGGUACAGAAUGUGCAACUCCAUGUGACGGUACAGCAACUUGUCCUAACGGAGAAGAUGAGAAGUGGUGCGGUUGCACUGAUCCAAAUCAAGGUCAUUGUGAUGAUGGAACCUCAUGUGGUACUUAUUGCGACGGUUCAGUGGACUGUGCUACUGGUGAAGAUGAGCAAUGGUGUGGUUGUUCUGAUCCACUUCAAAUGCAAUGUAUGGAUGGAUCAUGCGCUACUUGGUGUGACGGUCAUCCGGAAUGCUCAGAUGAUGAAGACGAGAUGUGGUGUGACAUGAAUAUGUAUGGUUGUUCUGAUCCAAUGCAAUCGACUUGUAACGAUGGUUCUACGUGUGCUUAUUGGUGUGACGGCUCAUGGGAAUGCGCUGAUGGUGAAGAUGAGAUGUGGUGUGGCGAUAUGUUUUAUGCGUCAUCAACCCAUAACCCCUCUGAUGUCAGCACCUGUGGGAAUGGAUUUGUCAGCAUUGAUGACAUCUGUAUUGGGUAUGAGACCAAUUCAAGUGUUGCGAGCCACGAUUUUUGCAGAGAUUACUAUUAUGCAUAUGGGUACAUGAAGAAAAAACUCACCACACGAUCAAUGGGUAAGACGCCAAGUAAUAAGGAUCUAAAAUCAAAGGCCUAUCAGAUUGUCAGAGCACGCCAUGAUAAAAAGCGGAAUGACCACAAGAUGGAACAAGCCAAACGAGAUCCCCACAUGUCUGACAAACGUCACGGAAAUGUAGCAUUAGAAAGCAGAAAACAAACGUAUCAAAAAAAGAUAAACGACAGAAAAACCAUGCAAAAGAAAAACUCCAUGCAGAAAAAAGAAUUUAUGCAGAAGAAAGAAGAUAAAGGAAAACUUGGGAACCUUAAAUAUCUGUUAACUGCAAGAAGGAACGAAGCACUUAAACAACGCAUUCUCAAGAAGCUCGGUGGAAGUACAUAGUGAACUGAAAUCCAAAUAUACAAGCUUUUCUCCUCUUUUUUGUUUACAUUCAAUUUUAUUUGCUAUUUUUCCACGAUUACAAAAUUUAUUGUUGCAGUAAGUGCUGUACUUUUGUCUCUAAUGUGAGUUCUGUUAUUAGACUUUGUGUUGUAAUGCAAAGCUUUACUUUUGUUGUAAUGCAAUUCCUUUGUUUUAGACUGUUGAUCCUUACAAAGCUAUUAUAUAUGAAAAUGUGUGGGUUUUUUUUUAAACCCCUCAUAUUUUAGAUAGCUUUAUGUAUCUCUUUUAUAUCAGCAAACGGAUCCAGCCAAAAUAAUGAAAAUGCUCGUUAUAGUAUAUUUUGAAUACGACUCUUUUUUAUCAUUAUUAUAUUUGAAUUGAUUUUAACAUUAGAUGUUGAGAUUUAUCUUGGAUUAUCCAUUCUACUUUUGUUUUGUUAUAAUCAAACUUUAUCUCUCUUUAAAUGUGACAAUGGUAACAAACUGGAACGAACAUGGACUAUGGCAUUGCUUUUUAUUUUUAUUAGACGUUGACAUGUAUGUUUGUUUGUUUGUCUGUCUGUUUAUUGUAUAUAUUUUAUUUGUCUGCUACAUGUUUAUUAGUUUUUUAGUUUUUGUGUCUAAAAUAAAAACACUAACAGUUUG